AUGCAGAAUCAACACCGAAGAUUAUCGAAUACAAAUGAUUCACCUAUGUUUAGCCAAUUAGUGUCGCUGAAAGAAAAUAGUAUAAAGUCAACAGGAUCUGUUCGCAUUCAUCUAAAUGUCCCUGGAGAACAAUCACGUCGUUCCUCUUUUGAUUUCAACCUUCUUUCACCAGCGCCAACCACAGUUAGAUUAACAAAAAAUCGUCUACAUACAACUAUUCCCACUUCGAUAUCCACUGACCUCGAUGGCGGACGACGAAAUACUCGUUUCAGUAAUGUCAGUAGUAGUUAUGCUCAGUUUUUGAAGCAACGUGACAUGGAUAAAGUAAAAAAAAUUUUAUCCCAAGAAGAUCAACGUUUACUUUUAUCAUCGAGUGAAUGGGUUGAAGAUGUCAAAGAUAGUGAUCCAUAUGUGUCUGUUCUCAGUCGACUUGGUGAAGCCAUACAAGAUUCAGAAACAUUGGUCGAAUUCGUCAAGAAGUCAUAUUCCAUUGUCGCUAAUACAUACGGAGCUACGAUUCUAUUAGCAUUGUUAACCGUUUUUCAAGUGAUACUAUUUUUUAUCGGUGUUAAAUAUUUGAAUGAUUGUCCAGUGCAACCAAAUUUACCUGUUUAUUUACUUGUCGCUGGCGCGAUGGGUCUUGUACGUGCACUGAAUUUACUAUGGAAACAAUUUCGUCGACGACGUUUGAGAAAGUUAGAAGGAGUUGAACUUGAUCAAGAGGAAGAAACAGAGAAUAAUGGAUCUGGCUUUACAGAUGCUGUUUUAAACCUUUUCCUUUUUGCCUGGUUCAUUGUUGGACAGUUUUGGACGUGGUCUAGUUUCAUGCCUAACUUCGAAUUUGGAUUAGAAAAUCCAGAUAAAUACUGUCACAAAAAUGUUUAUAUCUUUGCACUUAUACAUAUUGGUUUAGUUUACGUUAUGUUUCUAGGAGUGAUUCUGUUUUUGAUAGCACUUACAUGUUGUGCAACAUUUCCACAUUUGAUUGUUAAAGCUCCACGUUAA